CAGAAGCACACUGUUGUAGCAUGGAUACGUGGUGUACACAGUAGAUCCGAGAAUUCAGGAAGGAUUUCAAUCAAAUCAACUCAUCUCGGGGCGACUCGGGCUUUUAACACGGGCUUUUCUUUAUACUGUGACUGUUGUUGGCGUUAGAACAUGGGGAAAGCGGACUUCCUGUCUCCUAAAGCUAUUAGUAACCGGAUUAAAGCGAAAGGCCUGCAGAAGUUACGCUGGUAUUGUCAGAUGUGUCAGAAACAGUGUAGAGAUGAAAAUGGGUUUAAAUGCCACUGCAUGUCGGAGUCUCACCAGCGACAGUUACUGUUGGCCUCAGAGAAUCCCAACCAGUUUAUGGACUUCUUUUCAUCUGAGUUCAAGUCUGACUUUUUGGAGCUUCUGCGAAGACGUUUUGGAACAAAGCGAGUUCACAAUAACAUCAUCUAUAAUGAGUACAUCAGUAACCGGGAACACGUUCACAUGAACUCCACUCAGUGGGAGACUCUAACCGAUUUCACCAAAUGGCUGGGGAGAGAAGGCUUUUGUAAAGUGGACGAGACUCCCAAAGGCUGGUACAUCCAGUACAUCGACCGUGACCCGGAAACAAUCCGCAAACAGGAAGAGCAGGAGAGGAAGAAGAAGCAAGACCUGGAUGAUGAAGAGCGCAGUGCCAAGUUUAUCGAAGAACAAGUUCGGCGAGGCAAAGAGGGCAAGGUGGCAGAGGAGGAGCCUGUGUUUACAGAGCUGAAGAGGGAGAACGAGGAAGAGAAAGUCGCCUUCAACUUGGCUGCUGGCUGCUCCUCCGUAGGCCCAGCGAAAGCAAGCACAUCUCUGGCUUCCAAUGCCCUUAAAAUAGCAGCAUCUGCUAAAAGAAAAGACGAUUCUCAUACCGCCGACUCCAGGGAGAAGAGAAAGAAAUCGGCACUCGAUGAGAUCAUGGAGAUGGAGGAGAAGAAGAAGAAAUCCGUGAGGUCGGACAAUUGGAUCCGGACAGACAUCGUGGUGAAGAUCAUCACUAAGAGGCUGGGAGAGAAGUAUUACAAGAAGAAAGCAGCCAUCAGGGAGGUACAGGACAAAUACACAGCUAUAGUAAAGCUGAUUGACUCAGGAGACAAACUCAAACUGGACCAAAGCCACUUGGAGACAGUGAUCCCAGCACCUGGUAAGCGAGUUGUGAUAGUGAAUGGACAUUAUCGGGGCAUGGAAGCCAUCUUAGAAGGCAUCAAUGAAAAGAAUUUCUCUGCUCAACUCACAAUAGAUUCGGGCGCCAUGAAGGGAAAGAGAGUCGACGGGAUUCCAUAUGAAGACUUCUCCAAGCAGGCGUGAUUUUUAUUUUUAUUUUUUUCUCCCAACUCUGUGUCUCAAUCAUUUUCCCUGAAUCCCUCUACUGUGUCAGAGCAUUUAACAGGGACACUCGUGUGCACACACACACACACACACACACAUUUCUGCAGUUGUCUUCACUGAUCACAUGAACUCUGUACUCUGUACUGAAUCCAACUGGGGGGAAAAACAGCCUUAAACACCAUGUUUUAUUUUUCCUUGAUUUUAUUAGGUAAUAUCAGGAUUGUCUGUAAUAAGAGUACUUGAUUAUAAGGACAGAAUAUAUCUGAAUGGAUUCCCACUGAGAAUUAUACAGAGGAAGCCUGAUCAAUUUACACUGAACAUGUCACAUUAUGUUUCUCAUGGAAUUUGUACGUAUGUAUGUAAAGCACCUGUCGUUGCUGCAGUUUUCUUUCUUCUAUACAGUUUUCUUUUAUAAUUUCAAAAAUACAUUUUCUUAUACAA